AUGAGCACCGCGCUUACCGCCACCCUUCCCAGGGCCGUCAUUGACCUCACAGGCGACGCCGCAACGCCUCCUCGUCGAGGCUCGUUGCGACCACCGCCGCCGCCGCAGCAGCAGCAGGGCCAGAUCGUCAACGGCGGACGACGGGCUCCGUGCGACGAGCCGCCUGCCAAGCGACGGCGUUCCGAGCAUGGGGCCUCUGGCAGGCGAAGUCUCAGGGCCUGCGUCCAGGAGCAGAUCCUCCCCCACGUCGUCCAGGCGGUCGAGUGCCUCUCGAGGGAGCAAUAUCGCGUUGAUGAUAUCGCCGUUCAGACCGUUGCAGCCCUUGCUAGGAGCUCGGCGUUUCGCAUUGUCGUCGACGAGGCCCACGCGUCACCACUGCCGCUGCCCCAGGCUCAAGCGGCCAUUGCCACGUCCAGUAUCAUCAACAAGUUGAAAGCGUUGCCGCAAUACCGGAUCCGCCCCCUGAGCUUCAUAGGCAGAGAAGCCACACACAAAGCCGCGAGGCCGAAGCCCUUGGUUGCCCAGCCAAACGCGCCUCGCGGCGGGUCGUGCGGCAUCCCCAAGCCGCGCGCUCAAAAUGCCCUGCAGGCACGCAGGCGUACGCGCGGGCAACCCACAGAGCCUUGGACAGGUGCAAAGUGGUUUCGGCUCGGGACGCGGCCCUAUCUGCCCGCCACCGAACGGGACUUGGUUGCCCAGGGGGCCAGGCAUCCCAUUCGUCCGCCCCAUGGCGUCCUCGAGUGGCCAUUUGUCUACCAUGUGGACUUUACACAAGACGAAAUCGGCCAGAUCUUCGCCCGCCUAUCCGAGUGCCUCCUGGCCGACGUCCCCCGGACCAUCGACUUCCUCACGGUGCUCUGCUAUGAGCACAACGUGGCCUCUAUCGUCGGUGAUGCCAUCCAGGGUCGAAGUGGUGAGGAUCUGCGCAACUUUUGCUCCGACCUGAUGGCAGGCCGAGCGGCUGCUCCGGACAAGAUCAAAGUGCUAUCACUAGAUCAGGACCUUCAUGAACAGCGGAGGGAGAAUCGACGCGUCAGCCGCAUCCCGUCGCUGCUCCUGGCGCGGGAGCUCGAGGGCAACGCUCGGUUCGGACGCUCCAGGCGGUUCGAAAACUUCCAGAACGAGUUCAAAAAGGCUGACGAGGAUGGCUUGGCUGUCAUUGCCGAGUUCACAAACUGCGCUGGCGAUCUCUCCGCCAUGUCGUGGGUCCCUGACGGCAACAUACUGUGCGGCACCACGGCCCAUUCUGACUCGCAUAACCAACAGUACAACAAGCUGGGCAACCUGCUGCUCUGCUCGACGUCGCGCGGCACGCUUCGCGCCUUUGCCGACCACCGCAUCCCGCGGCCGUUGGUUGAAAGCGGGGAGAACUCGACCGAGGCCAUGCGCCGCAGCCAGGACCCGUGGCUCUACACGUCGGUCGUCUCCUCCGACUACGACGAGGUACACGGACGGGCCUUUACCUCCGGCUUCGACAGGACGGUCAAAGUGUGGGCCAUUUCACAGGAUGGCGACUCCAUGGAGGCGAUGGCCACCUGGCACCACGGCGGCAACGUCAACUUUGUGGCGGCCGCCAAGGAUGGCUCCGGGCGCGUCGCCUCGGCGGCCGAUGUCCCGUCCGAAGCGGUCCGCGUCUACACGGUCCGCGCAGAUGACGUGGGCCAGAGCCCCUAUCAAGCCAUCUCGUGCUCGCGGACAGACGCCGCUGGAUCGGUCAAGUGGGCGUACUUCCCGGCCACGAUGCAGUGGGGGCGCGCGCCUGGGACCACUCACUUCCUCAUCGUCGGCUACUCGCCGCGGAGCCUCACCAACGACGACCAAGACAUUCCCGAGGACAAGAGAAACUCGGGGGAAAUUAUGCUGUGGGAUGCCGCUCGGGGCUGCCGGAGAUCCGUCAUGACGGCCACGACGGCCAACGUCUUCGAGGUGGCAUGGCACCCGACGCUGCAGCGCUUCAUCGUCGCCACGUCUCCCUCCGGGCUCAGCGUGGAGCACGGCGUCUGCACCCAGAUCCACCUCUUCCAGCUCGACCGCGAGCGGCAGGACGGCGCCUACCACGAGUUCCAGAAGCUCGACUGCCCCGCGGCCGACAUCAACGAGCUCACCUUAGUGCCCAACUCGCUGCGCCACGCCUACGUCACGGCGGCAUGCACCGACGGCAACGUCUACGUCUGGGACACGGCCCAGGGAGACGAUCCCAUCCACAUACUCAAGCACGGCUACCCCCUCGACGACUUUUCGUACGACCGCGAGAAGGAGGACACGGGCGUCAAGUUUACCGCCUGGGGCUCGACGCUCGACCGGCUGUAUACGGGCUCCAGCGACGGCGUCGUCAAGGUGUGGAACGUGCGGAACCGGCACAACCCCUUUGUGCGGCACCUGCUCGAGGCGCCGGGGCCAAUCUCCAUCGGCGCCUUUUCGCCAGACCAUUCCAAGCUGGCCAUUGGCGAUGCCACCGGGCGUCUGUUCCUGCUCUCGGUCGACAAGCGCGACGAGCACGAGGCGCACUUUGUGACGCUGCCCGGGUCUAAUCGUCGGGUUCGACGUCCGACGCCGUUUAUCCCGCACCCGGAACCGCCGCCGCCCCAAACGAAGAGCAACGACCCGGAUGAUAUGCAGGUGGACGGCGAGGACGACGACGUGGACGACGACGAGGCGGCGGAACACUCCAUUGCCGUGUACACUCGCCAGGCCUACCUCGACUCGGGCCAGCUCGUUCUUCACCCCAACCCCGUCGUCGGCGCCGUCCAAGGGCCCGAGUACGCGUCGACGGGCCUCUUCCGACCCGACGCGCACCUCGACGAGGACCCCGCGCGCCCGCUCCUGACCGAGUUCCAGCGGCUCCAGCGCCAGAGCCUGGACGCCAGCCACGGGAAGCGUCGCCGCUCGGAAAGGCGCCUCAAGAACCCCCCCCCUCUUGCCGCCGACGCCGACGAGGCGCAGCACGCGGCCAACUGCGCGCUGGACUUCGAGGGCCUGCGGUGGGACUUUGCCGACUUGUGGGAGCUGCUGGGGGACGGGGCCGUCAUGUCCGACGAUGGCGAGGAUUGGGGGUUUGCGUACGAGGAUGGGCCUGCGGGCGAGAGUGAGGGCGAGUGA